ACUUCUUCCCUUGAAAAUUAUCUCAUUCGUUCUCUUCCUCUUCUUUGUAUCUGUAUCCUUGCGGUGGCACUCUAGCCUCGAGCUUCCUCUGCGACUUGUCCUCGCCACCUGAUUCACACCUUCAGGUCCUCAAUACUUCUUCAUGGAUCGGUAUGCGAAGCUUGAGAAAGUCGGUGAAGGAACGUACGGUGUCGUCUACAAGGCCCGCGACGUGGACACGAACCAGAUCGUAGCGCUCAAGAAGAUCCGGCUCGAGGCGGAGGAUGAGGGGGUGCCCAGCACCGCCAUCCGUGAAAUCAGCCUUCUCAAGGAGCUGAAAGACGAUAACAUUGUCAGGCUCCUCGAUAUAGUUCACGCCGACCAGAAGCUGUACCUCGUGUUCGAAUUUCUCGACGUGGAUCUCAAACGGUAUAUGGAGUACGGGAACUCAACCGGUGCGCCGCUUACACUCGACAUUUGCAAGAAAUUCACUCAUCAAUUGACAUCCGGUCUUCUCUACUGCCAUUCACACAGGAUCCUUCAUCGCGACCUCAAGCCACAGAAUUUGCUGAUCGACAAGCGCAACAAUCUGAAACUUGCGGACUUUGGCCUCGCACGAGCCUUUGGUAUCCCUAUGCGAUCAUACACCCACGAGGUGGUCACGCUGUGGUACAGAGCGCCAGAAGUUCUUCUGGGUUCGCGCCAGUACUCGACAGCGAUUGACAUGUGGUCCGUGGGCUGUAUUUUUGCAGAGAUGGUUAUGAAAGGCAAUCCUCUGUUUCCGGGCGAUUCGGAGAUCGAUCAAAUUUUCAAGAUCUUCAGAGUCCUUGGAACACCGAACGAGGAUAUUUGGCCUGGAGUUAAAUCGCUGCCGGAUUACAAGCCCACGUUCCCGCAAUGGUCUCGACAAAACAUUGCGGACUACGUGCCUUACCUCGACAAGGCAGGGCUCGACCUUCUUAUUCAAACACUGGCUUAUGAUGCGGCGAAACGAAUUUCAGCAAAACGAGCCAUGAUCCACCCAUACUUCAACGACUAUCGGCCGUAAUGAUCGUUCCGCCCUCCUGCCGCCCCUGUCCCUGUCCCUUUCCUUCCACCUUCUCUUCCCUCACCACUUCCUUCCGUUGUUCGUCCUCCCCGCACGAUAUCCCGACACGCCCAUGACGACGUAUUAUAUCAAGACGACCUACUCGACUGUGUCUGUUCGCUUCGUAUGUACGUUUUCCGCACUCGGUUGCAGCAUUGUCAACUUGUGCCUAUUACCAAUGUCUACCUGUUUGUCCUUGACAUCGCGAUUUUCUAAA